UAUGGUGAUAUCCCUGGCAUGAAAAUUUGUUGUACGAGUGCGCGGUAUUAAGACAAAACGUUGCAUUUUAACGUAGUUCUAAUAUAGCAAUUAUUUUUUAUAAUAAAAUGUACAAUAAUCUAUAGCUUCUAUAAUGCAAAUAAAAAUUUUAGUAUAUUAAUCGUCGUGUCGUGUCGUUACGGUAUAAGUGACAAAGUUCUUCGCCAGUGAGGUUAUAAACUACUAACAAUAUAUGAAUUUAAAUGGAUUCGGCACCAGCACAGGAGGUAACUGAGCUGUUGAGACAAUGGGAGGAACAGCACACGACGCCCAGCUACGACCCAGUACCAACUUUGACGAGGAUAGCGGAGAUCAUAGAAGCGGAGACGGAGAACUUCAUGAAGAAAGACCCGGAUCCCUUCGAUGAGAGGCAUCCGUCCCGCACCGACCCUGAGUGCGCCCUGGGUCACGCGCUCAAGGUCAUGUUUAAGAAAGACAAUUUUAUGACUAAGCUAGUGAACGACUAUGUCCGCGACACGUACUACUCGCGACAGAAUAUAACGGGCCGCGACGUGCACAAGCUCAACGUGGCCGCGUGCCGGCUCACGCUUGACCUCAUGCCCGGACUCGAGAUGAGCGUCGUUUUUCAGGACAACGAAGCUCUGAUCCACCGUCUAGUGAACUGGGCGAACAACUCCACGGAGCCGCUGCAGUGCUACGCGACCGGCCUGCUCGCAGCCGCCAUGGAGGUGCAGGAGAUCGCCACCAACUUCAGGGAUUUAAACGCAGUACUAGUACCAUUGAUGUUAAGGAGGCUACACGUUUUAAGAGAGGAUAAACAAAAUAACCAAAACGCAGUGACACCGCCGAAUCAGACGCGACACUUUGCUCGCUUCGACAAAAAGAGGAAUAACGAUAUUAAAUGCAACGGACCAAGUACGGACAAGAAAGACCGUGCGAAGGAUGAGGGUGGAGGGGGUGAUAUGCUAGUCGAUGGGACCCCCCCUCACGCCAGCAAAGACCCCGAGACCCCAGUCAAACAUUAUAAUACCCCAGUAAGCGCAUGCUCCCCCCCCUCGUGGGGCAUGAUGUCCCCCCCGCCGCGGCCCCCCGCCCUGCCGCCGCCGCAGCACCACGAGACCUCCUCCAACUCCAGCUGGGCGGAGAUGGAGACCUAUGUUAUAGGAAACAUUCAAAUUCACCCACCUACGGACGCCACUAAACAGAUGCUCAUACUCAGAUACCUGACACCCAUGGGCGAAUAUCAGGAGUUCCUAUCCCACGUGUUCGAACAAAACGCCCUAGGCUUGAUCCUGGGCUACCUCAACGUGCGAGAGUCGAGAGACUCGCGCCUCGCCUUCGAGGCACUCAAGUACCUCGCCGCUCUGCUGUGUCAUAAGAAGUUCUCUAUUGACUUCAUUAAUAUGGGGGGGUUACAGAAAUUUCUAGAAGUCCCCCGUCCGUCAGUAGCUGCUACCGGAGUGUCCAUCUGUUUGUACUACCUGGCGUACUGCGAGGAUGCCAUGGAGAGGGUCUGUCUGCUGCCCAGGAGGACGCUCGCUGAUCUUGUCAAAUACGCACUAUGGUUACUCGAGUGUUCACACGACUCAGGCCGCUGUCACGCCACCAUGUUCUUCGGGCUGUCCUUCCAGUUCAGGGUCAUACUUGAAGAGUUUGAUCAUCAGGACGGUCUCCGCAAGCUAUACAACGUGAUCUCGACAUUACCGAUACUGAGCGCCGACGAAGACGAGUCGCGAGUGUCGGAGGACGAGACCUGCGCCGCCAGGCAGAUCGUGCGACACGUCUGCGUCGCGCUAAGAAGGUACUUAGAGGCACACCUAAGGUUACGCGCCGCGCAAGUAGCGAGACAGCAAGGCGACAAUGUACCUGAACCACCACCUUAUAAGGCGUCAAAAUCAUCUCCGGAAGAGAUCCAGGAGCAGAUAGAACUGCUGCAGAGCGUGGCGUGGUCACGCUGGGCGGCUGUCGACGAGCUGCUGGAGUUGGGCGGCGUGGCGCUGCUACUGCAGGUCGUCGGCUUGGCGUACGAGUGGAACUUUAACGGCAGAUCGGAAACGGUACGGUCGGCACUAGACGUGAUCUCGGUGUGCUGCGUGGCGCCGCGCGUACAACUCAUGCUCACUGAGAAGGUGGAUAUGAAAGACGCGGAAAUGACUACGGGAGUGAAUAUUGUACUUGAUGUGUUGGCAGGCGCGGCGGACGGCGAGAUCGUGCCGGAACCGGAUGUGCAGAAAGCUGCCCUCAACGUGCUCGUUAACUGCGUCUGCGCACCUGUGCAUAGGGCGGGUAGUUCAACGACACGGUUUUCAAUAACGGGAUCAAGUAAAAAGAAGACAGCUCUCAAAUCGUACGAGGAUGUCAUACAGAAAGUGUGGGAGAGUGUACGGACUAACAACGGUAUUAUGGUAUUACUAUCACUAAUGAUGGUAAAAUCCCCCAUCACGGACGCGGACCGACUUCGCGGGCUAGCGUGCCGAGCCCUGGCCGGGCUAGCGCGAUGCCCAACAGUGAGGCAGAUCAUAUCCAAGCUGCCGCUGUUCACCACGUCGCAGAUACAGGUGUUAAUGCGCGACCCAAUACUACAAGAGAAGCGACAAGAACACGUGAUGUUCCAGAAGUACGCGCUAGAGCUGUUGGAGCGAGUGUCGGGGAAGAGCAAGCAUAUGGGCGCCGAGUUCGAGACCUCGCUCGCUAAUAUACAUCGGGCAAACGUAGUAGCCCAAACCCGAAUAAAUUACAACGAGAGACAACUACUACAACUAGUCGCCGCCCACCUAGCGGCGCGGGGGCUGACGGCCAGCGCCGCCACCCUGCAGCGCGAAGCCAAGCUGCCGCCCCCAGCGCUGCCAGCCCCGCCCCCGCCGCCCCCACCGCCUGUGUACACGCCUUCUACUCCUACCCGGCCCCGGCUAUCAGUGUCCCGUGCCAACAGCGGCGGCUCCCUACACCGAGACAGCCUGGACCUGAACUCGUCGCAGCACAUGCACAGCGACGACGCCAGUCCCAUACCGACGGUUAUUAAGCUUAGAAAAGUACAAAACACGCCUUUAAGCACAGUUUCUACGCCCACAUCGGAACACAAGCGCUCGUUACAGAAGCAACUCAGUGUCACCCCCGGAGAGCCGACCCCGAGCCAACACCGGGUGACACUGCACACCAUCAUCACGGAGUACCUGUAUAACCAGCACUCGUUGUGCAAGAACCCCGUUGUAACCUGCCCGCAGUUCAAUUUGUUCGAGCCCCACAAAUGUCCCUCCCCCCGCACCGGGGGCGGAGCGCUAACGGCGGGCUUCGCGUCUAACGUGUGCGGGCGCGUGGCGCGGCGCGAGCUCGGGCUGCGCUGCGGCUCGCGGCCCGACGCGCGGCUCGUGCACUCGAACUUCGCCCCCGUGCGGACGCUGAGGCUGCAAGAUGAUGAUGCCUACUUUACGCAUACUAUAUUUCAUCCCACGCAACAACAGUUGCUCGCAGCGACAUCUUCCGGCGACAUCCGAAUAUUCAACCUGUUCAGCGGCGUCGAGGAGAACUCCUACCAAGUGCACGAGUCUUACAUAUAUCAUAUGCAGGCAAGCAGAGACGGGUUGUUAUUAUUAGCGUCAGCGACGACGCCGUGGCGACCGCUGUCUGCGUUAUGGAAUAUGAAAGAAUUUGAAUUAUUAUUCCAACUAGACAACGAAGAAUACGUGGAAUUCUCCAAAAUGUCUGACGAACGCAUCAUCGGUACCAAAGGCGAAACAGCCACAAUCUUCGACACCCGCACCGGCCGCGAGCUGAUGACCCUCACGCCAGCCAUCAGCAACCAGUACGCCAAGAACAGGGCCACCUUCAACCCCACUGAUGAACUGGUUCUCUCAGACGGCGUAUUAUGGGACGUAAACACGGGCAAAGAAAUUCAUAAAUUCGACAAAUUAAAUCAAACGCAUAGCGGUGUAUUCCAUCCAAAUGGCUUAGAGGUAAUAUCAAAUACAGAAGUGUGGGAUCUUAGAACAUUUCAUCUAUUAAGAACAGUGCCUACGUUAGACAAAUCAGAGGUACUAUUCAACCCGAUGUGCACAGCGCUGUACGCGGUGUGCUCGGACCAGGACUCGGAGGAGCGCAGUCAGUUCGACACCAGCUUCAAGACUCUAGACCCCUACGAUUAUUCUAGUAUAGCCACAAUAGACGUACGGAGAAACAUAUAUGCGCUAGGUGUCUCGCGGCACGGCACACAGAUCUCUCUCGUGGAGAACAUGGGGGACUUCGAGGCCAUACAGGAGUCCUGCGUCAAGAUAUACGACGUCGGACGCAAGCGAGACCAUGAUGACGAUGCGGAGGAAGAUGAUGAAGAGGAGUUAGCGGGAGGCUCCGAGAAUGGCUCAGACGGCUCAGACUCCAACUCUGAUAAUGAUGAUGACUUAGCGUCGUCCCUGCUCCGCGACGCCGUGCUGGGGCUGGACGGCGCCUCCUCCGCCUCCUCCGACCGCGACGACCGACCGCGCAGGAGACGCACCAGGCGACAGGCACAAGAAGGCAACAGCAGCGACAGCGACGGCGACGGAGACGGAGACAUGGACCUUGCAGACAUUAUCGAGUUCGAGCUCGAUUGAACGCAAUAAAAUGUUGAUCAGUUA